UUCAUCCAUUCUCGUCCUCCUUCCAUCUCCGCUUUCGGUCUUUCCAUCGUGACGUAAAGCGCACGAUUCUUCCACGAGCAAGAAUUUCAUUCACGAUUGAUUGUACAGGUUAUAUUUAAAACUGAUUAAGAGAAAAUGAUAGAUUCAAUAUUAACGGAGGAGGAAUUAAUGCAGAAACACAAGAAAGAGCGAAAGGAGUUGCAAGCACAGAUACAAACUUUAAAAAAGUCCAUUUGCAAAGGUGACAAAAAGAAGAAGAAAGAGAUUGCAGAAGAGAUAGGGCGUUUAGAAGAAAGCUUAGAAAAACAGCACACAGAGGAAUUGAAUGCAUGGAGAUUGGCACAUGUUACUCUGAAUGAUCAGCAGACAGAGUCUGCACAAGUGAGCAAAGAAGUCGAUAAGGAUAAUAGUAGCUUGGAACAAUCAACACACAGAAUUUCCAAAGCACAAAAGAGGAGAGAAAAAAAAGCAAUUGCAGAGAAGGAACGCAAUCAGAGAAUCAUUGAGCAAGAGACACUUAACAUCUUUGGCAAAAGAAACAUUGAAACGGAGGCCAUAAAAGAAAUUCUUUCCAAACAGAACUUGAUGAUCUAUGAAAUCCCUAGUGAUGGCCACUGUUUAUAUAAUGCAGUGGUACAUCAACUUAAAAUAAAUGGGGAAACACCUCUGAGCUUAGAUGAUCUCAGAACAAAAACUGCAGAUUAUUUGAAAGAAAACAUGAACGAUUUUCUACCAUUUCUUUCUAAUCCAGAUUCUGAGGAUUUAUUGACGCCCGAGGAAUAUGAAAAAUAUUGCAAUGAUGUGGCUGAAACAAGCGCUUGGGGUGGUGCUGUUGAGUUGCAAGUAUUGUCGCGUAUAUUGAAAUGCCCAAUUGAAGUCAUACAAGCUACAGGAGCUCCUUAUAUCAUCGGAGAUGAAUACAGCAAUGAUAAGAAGGUAACAUUGACUUAUCAUCGUCAUAUGUACGAGUUAGGCGCUCAUUAUAAUUCCGUUACAAAAUGCGUUCAGGACGAGGAGAGCUGAUGAAAGUUUCUUCUAGAUUUAUAUAUUUGUCUUACAACUGUCUUCAAGUUAUUAUCAAAUGAUUGGAUUACACAUAUCUCGAUUUAUGAGUAUGUGCUUCAUUAGUUACUAAAUUAAUUUGUCCUGUAGGGAAAAUAACUAUACAUUUUUAGACAUUAUAAAAAUAUUUUUAAGGAUAUAUGAAAUACUAAAAAUAUGCUGCCAGCAGAGAGAACAUUCAAUCUUCCGAUGAGAAUCAUAUUUUUACAAUUAUUACGCGAGUGAUUAUUAGCUAUUAAUGUUUAUAAAAGAAAUUCCUCAAAUGUGUAUUGUGACUAUUAAAAGAUUAAAUGUAAAAUAUAUCACAAAUUUUACCAUAAAACAAAAACUGGAAAGUUAUAUUUUAGACUAAAUCUGUGCUGAAAAUACAUUAUUGUUCAAAAUAACGGAUUCAAUCUUAAUAGUCACACAUUUUAGGAAUUUUUUUCUAUAGUUAUUAGUUAAAUGCAAGAUACAUAUCAAUGAAUCAUCAAAACGUAUCUUCUUGAUCAUUUUAAUCCAAUUUGAAAUUUUGAUCUGCACAUUUAAACUAAAUAUGAUUGCCAAGUUCUAUUGAAAUAUAAAUAGUAGAUUAUCUGUAAAUUCCAAAAACAUAAAUUUUUAUACUUAUUCCUAAAGCUUUAUAUGGCAAAUAUACAUUUCUUGUGUUUAUUGAAACUUAGAAUUCUCAGAAAUCCAAAUGUAAUACUUUUAUAUAUAUUAAAAUCAUAUAUAUUCACAUUCAAUACUAAUAAAUAGUUGCAUGUGCCUCAUAUUAAUCUCACAUGUGAUUCUUAUAUUAGAUAAGUAAACUUUAACAGUUAUAUUUGGUAUUAAAUGUGCUAUGAAAAUUGGACAAUGAACUUUAGGAUUGUUUAGAUUUGACUGACUUAUUAUAACUAAAAUAUUUCAAAACUUUGAUGUUGUGCAAAGCUGAUUUAAAGUUCCUGUGUUAUUAGAGAUUAACUUUAUAUAGAAUAUUUAUAUAUUUUUCAAACAUGGAUAUCAGACAAUAUAAAAAUAUGCUGCCAGCAGAUAUUAUGUAAGUACUUAUUAAGAUUCUUCGAUGUUCUUCAGUUUUUUUUUUCCAAAAAGAUUGAUGAAGUAUGUGUCGUUCCUUUUCUUUAUCGCGCAUACUAUUCGUGUUCAUUAGUAGCUGUUGCGAAACGGCUAUCAAACCUGCGCCUAUAGAGAACUUCCAGAAUUGCGUUCCAAAACUUGACUCAAAACUGUGACGAACAGAUUGGAUACAAAAAAGAAUAAAAGUACUCUAAUUUAUUUUGGCUCAUAAAAGUUAAAUCUUUGAUCCCAAACUUUUUGGAAUAAAUAGGCUUCUAUAGAUUGAUAAAUUGAAAUUUCUACAACUUUAAAACACAUAGUCCCAUAUAAGAGUAUUAGAAUGUUUCUUAAUUAGAGAAAUCUUCCUUUGUUUCUUCUACAAAUAAAUUUUUUAGUUAACUCCUUAGAGAUUUCCAAAGAUGUAUUAUAUA